CCCCGCGGCGGCGCCAUGGAGACGGCGGACGGCGGCCGCCGCGGGACACAAAGGGCGGCGCGGCGGCGGCGGGCGGCGCGGCGGGGCCCCAUGGCGGCGGCGGCGGCGGGGCCCGGCCCGGGUGGCGGCGGCGGCGGCGGCGGGGCCCCGCGGUACAGCCUGCUGGCCGAGAUCGGCCGCGGGGCCUACGGCGUGGUGUACGAGGCGGUGUCGGGCCGCAGCGGCGCCCGGCUGGCGGUGAAACGGAUCCGUUGCGACGCCCCCGAGAACGUGGAGCUGGCGCUGGCGGAGUUCUGGGCCCUGACGAGCCUCCGGCGGCAGCACCCCAACGUGGUGCGCUUCGAGGAGUGCGUCCUGCAGCGGCACGGCCUGGGGCAGCGCAUGAGCCACGGCAACAAGCGCAGCCAGCUCUACCUGCGCCUCGUCGAGACCUCCCUCAAAGGUGAGAGGAUCCUGGGCUACGCGGAGGAGCCUUGCUAUCUCUGGUUCGUCAUGGAGUUCUGCGAAGGGGGAGACCUCAACCAGUACGUGCUGUCAAGAAGACCCGACCCAGCGACAAACAAGAGCUUCAUGCUGCAGCUGACCAGUGCCAUUGCCUUCCUGCACAAGAACCACAUUGUCCACCGGGACCUGAAACCAGACAACAUCCUGAUAACCGAGAAGUCUGGCACCCCUGUUCUCAAGGUGGCCGACUUCGGGCUGAGUAAGGUUUGCGCUGGCCUGACUGCUCGGGGCAAGGAGGGUGGGCGUGAGAACAAAAAUGUGAAUGUGAACAAGUACUGGCUGUCUUCGGCUUGCGGCUCCGAUUUCUACAUGGCGCCCGAGGUCUGGGAGGGACACUACACUGCCAAGGCUGACAUCUUCGCCCUCGGCAUCAUCAUCUGGGCCAUGAUUGAGAGGAUAACUUUCAUCGAUGCGGAGACCAAGAAGGAGCUGCUGGGGACCUACAUCAAGCAGGGGACCGAGAUUGUGCCCGUUGGGGAAGCGCUGCUAGAAAACCCAAAGAUGGAGCUGCACAUCCCUCAGAAACGCAGGACUUCCAUGUCUGAGGGGAUCAAGCAGCUCUUGAAAGACAUGUUGGCUGCUAACCCGCAGGAUCGACCCGAUGCCUUUGAGCUUGAAACCAGAAUGGACCAGGUUACAUGUGCUGCUUAA